CGAGCCUCCAUCUUCCCUUCUCCCUUCCUCCUUCUCCAAACCUCCACGCUUACCAACGGCGCAUCGUCACGCCCACCAUGUCCAACUUCUUCCGCUCCAUGGGCCGGUCCGCCCGUCCCUCGAAGCACGCCAACGCCAACAACAACAAGUCGCCCACUUUACCCUCGGGCGAUUUCCCCCCUUCUCAUCAGCAGGGCGGCGCAGCAGGAGGAGGAGGAGGAGGGGGCAGCUUCGGUCCCAACGGUAAAGCAUUGUAUCUGUGCAAUCCUUUUGUGAGAUCAGCGCUGGUCAAGGGGAGCUUCAAGACUAUUGUGACUCUGCCCAAGUAUGUGGAUCAGAGGGAAUGGGUCGCGGUCAAUCUCUUCGACUUCUUCAACAACCUCAACCAAUUCUACGGCGUCUUGACCGAGUUCUGCACAAUCCACACCUCACCCACAAUGUCCGCCGGUCCCGGUCUAGACUACACCUGGAUCGAUCAAAAUCGCAAGCAAGUCCGUCUCCCCGCCCCACAGUACAUCGACUACGUCAUGACCUGGGUGGGUGGCCUACUAAGCGACGAAGCCACUUUCCCCACCAAGGCUAGUCGGGAUUUCCCUCCAACAUUCAUGGUGACCGCCAAGCAUGUGUAUAAGCAGCUCCUUCGAGUUUUCGCUCACAUCUAUUGGGGACUGUUUGGUUGGUUGGUCCACCUCUGCGCCGAGGGACACUUCAACUCGCUCUUCGCACACUUCAUUGCCUUUGGGGCGGAAUUUGAGUUGUUCUCUUUUGGAGAGUUCAGGAGUAGCGGGAAUUCUGUGGGUGGCGGGUACCCGGGGGUGUGCGAUUUGAUUGAGGCGUGGGUGGGUAUGGGUGUGUUGGAGGAGAAGUGUUUGCGUUGA